AUGUCAUCAAAAGGGGAAACAGAGGCCGAUUCAGGCACCGUGUCGCCGAAUUUACCUACGGCUAUAAAAAAUGAACCGGUAGCUACAGCUAGUGGGAAGGAUAUUCCAAAAAGAGGUGGUACAUUAUUAAAAUGUACCACAUGUAACAGCUUUAGUACUUUAAGCAGCAGAGCCCUAACCACACACAUGGCGCAGUGCUCUCCAGACAACAACAAUGUGGCGGCAGCACAGCCGGCAGAUGCACGCCCUCACAGGAAACUAUUCGAAUGUGACGUCUGCAAUAUGAAAUUUUCAAACGGUGCGAACAUGCGCCGUCAUAAAAUGCGUCACACUGGUGUCAAACCUUAUGAAUGCCGCGUUUGCCAGAAAAGAUUUUUCCGAAAGGACCAUCUGGCCGAACACUUCACGACACACACGAAAAGCUUGCCUUACCAUUGUCCGAUAUGCAACAGAGGGUUCCAGCGCCAAAUUGCCAUGCGCGCACAUUUCCAAAAUGAACAUGUCGGACAACAUGAUCUUGUCAAAACUUGCCCACUUUGUAGCUAUCGCGCUCCCACCAUGAAGAGUUUGAGAGUUCAUUUCUUUAACAGGCACGGGAUCGAUCUAGACAACCCAGGCCCAGGCAACAACUCAGUAUCUCUACUCGCCGCUGGCAUUGCAAAUGCCGCAUACGCUGACGGCACAAUGGAUCCCGCUGCUAUAAAUGCACUCGGUGCAUUAGGUUCAGGUCUCUCCGUAUCAGUUGCAGCAGCGUAUUCUGAUAGUGGUGAAAGUAACGGAGCACGAUCAGUGGAUAAUGCCACUCCACCAAUGCACUACUUAACCCCACAUGUCGAGAUAUCGAUGGCUGACAACAAUGAAACUUUUUCUCCCGGCCAGAAAAAUCAUACAGAUUCGCGUAUGAACGGUGAGGGGCCUAGCUCCCCACAAUCUGGUGACAGCGCUAUUGCGAGUAGCUCCCUAUCUGCAGGACUACCUACCAACAUUACGCCUUCGAUAACCUUAAUACCAAUAAAACAGGAACCAAAUGCGCAAGACGAUUCUGGUACUAGUGAAACGCGCGAUGGAGAAUCGAACGGCGAUAAACGUGGCGUGUCCUCUUCCUUGAUAAAGGUAUCGCCGCUCAAGAGCUUGCUUCGUGAAGACCUGCGCAGACGCAUAUCGGCACGCGGUCGUGCCCGUGGCUCUAAUGCAUCCAGAGCUUCUCCAUCAGAGGGCGGUGUUAUCACGUCGACCCACGGCGACACAACGCUUCUACCUUCGUCGCUCGUAUGUACUUUUUGCUCUAUAACAUUUCCCGAUUCAACGCUGUAUUUCUUACACAAAGGUUGCCACUGCGACUCAAACCCAUGGAAGUGCAACAUCUGCGGCGAGCAAUGUUGUAACGUCUACGAGUUUAACUCGCAUCUACUCAGUAAGAGCCACCAAUGACUGUUUGCUGGGGGGCCGUUCGACAAUCACUGAUUUUGUGUUUGAUAAAUGCACUUAUAUAAUGUGUGCAUAGUCCGUGAGCACUUCAAAUAUUCUUCACCUUUAUAUUUCCCACUUUUAAUACAUAAUGUUUAUGUAGUGAUCUAUUUAAUUUACUUAACUUUAAACGUCUGUCUGCGAAAGGCACUGUUGGGUUGAAGUGCUUCGAAUAUGCUCUACACUGAACGUCCCCCCGAAGCUAUUUAUUUUUUAAAAGUGCAAAUUACGUCAAGGUUUAUUUAGUGGUAAUUUUUUUUUAUAUAGUUAAAUGAGCGGACGAUAUUUAUACGGAUAUUUUAGUACUUAAAUGAAAAAUUAUGAUAAUUUAAAUGUUAUUAUGAUGAAAAAUUGGCAUUUUUGGUCCUCAAUUUGAAUUGUGGGUAUGUCCAUAAAAUUAAUUAGUUGAAGGAAUUUGUUUGGAUUAUUGCUAUUAUGUUUACACGCAUUCUCGAAGGAGUAAUUCUUAUAGUUGCGUGCUAAGUGUUCGAAACGUAAUCGUUGAAACGAAACAUUCCAAAUUACGACGUUUGCAUUCCACAUAAAUGUGAGAUUUGACUUUAGCAUUUGGAGGGGAAAUGACUGUACCUACCUACUUUAAAUAACAUGAUUUUGUUUUUAUUUUUUCUUAAUACAAUACUUAACUGUAUAUUCGCCGUGAUGAAAAACUAAAUUUUAGAGUAUUUUUGGUGCGAUAGUGAAUUUUACAAAUGUUUAGAUUGUACAAAUUAAUAUAUUUUUACACUUCACUGUUGAAAAAAUGUUAUAAAAGGCAUAGCCUAUAUUUCCGUGAUUGUUUAUUAUUGAUGUGAUCUUGUACAGACAGGAAUUAAAAAUUCUACAUUCCAUUAUAUUUAUUUUUUGUUUAAAAGUGCAUGUGAUGCAAGUCCACGACUAAUACUUAAUGUACAAUUUUAAAAUGUGUUAUUGUUUCUAUUUUAUUCUUGAAUUAUUAUUUUUUAGAUAUUUUAUUUUAAUCCAACGUGUACUUAAAAUGUAUAAAAAUAUAUUUAGCACUUUCUGUUUCAAGAUUGAAAGAGUCAUGGUCAUAUUUUGCUUCAAUGGCAACUAAUCAGAAAAACUAAAAUUAGAUGGCGCUAGUUAAGAUGGCAGUCAUAUCAGUUAUCGUAGUUAGUUUCUUUGUUUCAAUUAUUUGAUAUAAAGUCAAUUAUGUAUUGGCACUUAGAUAAAUAUGUGCUAACGUCUAAGGUAAUAAAUAUCUUACUUAUCUAUUCUUGAUGAAAAAUGCUUAAAAUGUACGCUCAUCUGUAGCGAAAAUAAUUGAGUGUUUGAAAAAUUCGUCAGUCCUGUUAGGGGUCCUAGUCUUGAGUAGCUCAGUGGUUAGAGCAGUCGCCCGGAUUUCGAAAGGUCGUGGGUUCGAUUCCCAUCUCAGAGUACCUGGGGCUGGAACUUUUAAGCAUUUUUCUUUAAGAAUAUUUUCCAAGAUAUCAUUGUGAAUGCAAAAUUGAUCAAAUCUAAUAAUUUUACUUAUCUAUCAAAUCUAUUUCUUUGGCCAUUCUUCUCAAUGUCGCCAUUUUGUUUCACGAUUGACCUCCAAUCACACUAGCGCUGCCUAGCGGAAAUCAAAUCUUACAUAGCUGCCAUUGAAAUUUGUUAGUUGAAAUAUAAUGUACUUGCUCAAUAUAUAUGGCUCAAGUAUGGGAGUUGUGUUCUACUCGCACAAAAGCAUAAAUAAUAUUUAUUUCCCAUACUAUAUUAAUAGAGGUAUAUACUUCUAUACAGAAAGUUGCUUGUGCUUAAAUUGGUGCCUGUAAAUACGUGAAUAUUUAUUGCAUAAUUUAAUAAUCAAGUUCACUGUCUACAAUUGGCAAAUGACGUUUUAUGUCUGCACUUAGUAUAAAUAAGUAUGUAAUCUAGAUCUCUUAUAAAAUCCAUUUGAUUUACAUACAUUAUACCAAUUAAUAUAUGAGUGCUCAACCAUGUGGUGAACGAUUUACUUAUACAGUGUAUUCGGGAGACGGAUUUUUGAUAAUUUACUUAUGUGUUUUACAUUAAAUUUGUCGAAAUAACUAUACAAAGGGUGGUCAAAGAUAAUAUGUGGUAUUCCUAGAAAAAUAAAUCAACAUGAGAAGUUUGGGUCUACGCUGAGAUGUAUAGCUUAUAACAAACAAAAAAAAAAGAUAUAUAAGGGAUAAAGAUCCAGUUUUUAGUUAGAGCAGAAUAACUAAAACUACAAACUAUUUUGACUAAACUUAUUAUUUUUUAUAGCUUCUUAAAUUGUUUAGCAAAUUGUUGGGGUUUCGUAUUACUUGGAGAUCAUGAAAAAAGAAACGAGUUUCGAAGACACAGUAUAUAAAUUAUACAUUAAAAUUUUUAUUUUCUGACAUUCAGAAAGAUGACCCCACCUUGUAUAAUUUCUUGACGAUAAAACAAGACAUGGGUAAAUUAUCUGGAAUCCAAUCUCUAAGACGUUAUAUAUUUCUAUAUCCAAUGAUGUACAAAAUUACAUAUCGUAGUUGCACGAACUAGCGAACUGGCGCGGGCAAUCUAUGAAAAUUAAUGUUAAAGCCUAGAAUUAUUUUAUCAUUAAAUUUAAUAUAGUCAUUAACAUUCCUUGUACCUUUUAUCAAAUUGGUUAAUCCGUUCCAUUUUUCUUUAUAACAUUGUAGGUACGUACCUUGAGAUUUACAUUCCUUUAGGUGAUAAGUACUUAAUAUCGGUUGUGGUCUUGCCUGUUAAGUUUACGAAAUUGACUUAGAUGGAACUGAAAUUGUUUACCAACGAAGUUAUGUUUUGUUUUGUUAUUAUGUCAUUGGUAUUAGAUAUAAUAGAAAGUGCGGCAUGUGGUAGACCGUCCGUUUGUUACAUGGACCUAGUGAGUUACCUGAAACAUGCAACACAUUAUUUAUUUAAAGAGAUUCUUAUAUGCUGUUUCAUUGUUGGUUAUGUAUAACUCGGAUACUUAAUAUAAUAUAUAUAUUUAUAAUAUUUCUACCGCAUCCGCCGCAACUAUAAUAAGAUAGGAUAAUAUUAAGAGCUAUUAAAAUAAUAACUAAUUGGUAACCCCAUUGGGCGCCUUGACUUAAUCCGUCCAUAUCUAAUGAUAAAUUGCCUUUAAUAUUUAAUAGAGUAAUAUAUUUUAUAGAUUUUAGAUAUAAUUAAUUUCAGAUCUUAAGUAUAAAGUGGUUACAAAAUCACAAAUGUUUAAAAUGUAACUAUUUAUUUAUAUUAUAUAAAAACGUUUCUAUAGAUAGAAUCAAGCUUGAUGUAGUAAUUGGAGUGAAAUAUGUCAAUUAUCGUAUUAUCCCAGGUCAAAAUCAGGCUUGAUUUUAUCUUUAAUUCAGAAUUAUAUUGUUGAUUGUUGCAAUUUAAAUUAAAUAUAUUUUAUUUACAUGUGGUAUACUAUAGUACAGUUUUAAAGUAUUUGUAUGUUAUUUUGCCGCAGUGUAUAACUAAUUAAUUUCGUUGUCAAUGUGUAGAAGUAACAGUAUUUCAGAAUAAUUAAAAUAUACCUUCAAAGAUAUAUAUCAUUUCAUAGAUAUAUAGUUUCAAAAUUAUUUUACAGUUUUGUUAAAAUAUUUUUAUAAUAUCGCAUUUAAUCUGUAUAAUGUUUUAUAUAUUUUCUCAAACUGACUUUAUCGGGAAAUCAUUUUUACUAUUCAACUAUACGUUGUAGUGUAGCAGUCCUCACUUUAAUACCAAAUCACAGCUUACCAACAUUUAAAUUUUUAAGUUGUUACAAUGUAAUGUGUAAGAUAGGUAAAUUAACGUGGUUGAAAGCAAUUAUUUGUAUAAGCGGGUUGAAAAUGUCGUUGAUAUUUUGCUGUUACAUAUAUUAUGUUAUCAUUAUUAAAAAUGAAUAAUAUCAUUUUAUAGUAAUAUAAAGUGCAAAACGGGGAACCAGUUUUGAAAAUGUGAGUGAUAGUUACUAUAUCAGAUUUAUUAUAGCAGAUUGUGCCUUAGAAGAGUAAUAUAUUGUCUUUAGAAGAUGUUUUGGGAAUUGAAUAUGUCCAUUAAUUAAAAUUACCAAACACAGUUCAAGGAGUAUAGCUAAAUAAUAUUUAUGCAAAAACGCAUACACAAAUAUCAUACUGUAGUAAUUGUUAGCACGAAAAAUCAAGGAAAUGAUACAUAUUACCAAGUAUGUAGCUCUAUUUAUUUACUUAUAUUAAUUUGGUAAAGGGUCUAAUAAAAUAUUAAUAAACUAUGAGAUGUAACAUUUUUG